AUGUCUAGAGCCGCAUCAGAAGCAAGCCAAGAUAAAAAGGGGAGAACCGAGUUGCACUUGGCAGCAGAAACAAGGGAUUUAGAGAAGGUGAGGAAGUUGCUUGGCGAGGGACUCGAUACCCGUGCUCAAGAUAGAGAUGGACGAACGCCUCUUCACAUAGCUUUACUUUGGGGCAUGGAGGCCACAGCGAACCUCCUGAUGGAUGCCGACAAUGUGAACGACAUCCCCGAUGGAAGUGGAUUGACUCCUCUUCACCUAGCUGUCUGGCAAAGAUAUUUGGGAAUGGUAGAAAAGCUACUUGCUGCAGGAGCAAAUCCACGUCUACAAGAUAAGUGGGGAUGGACGCCCCUGCAUCGGGCAGUGUUUUGGGAGCAAGAGAAGUUAGUGGAGCAUCUGCUUGACGCGGACAGUGAACUCGACAUCGUAAAUGAAGAUGGACAUACUCCUCUUCAUUUCGCUGCAAUGAAAGGCAGUGCACGAAUAGUAAGGAAACUUUUGCUAAGUAAAAUGCGUCCGCAAGUCAAGAAUAACAGAGGAAUGUAUCCUCUGGAAGAAGCUUUUCACGGAGGACAUGAUAAUAUAGUGAAAGAAAUUCUUGUGUCUUGCGCGUGGAGAGACAUCACCAUCAACUGGACUGAAAUCAAGAUUCGGGAGGAUAGAAAGCAGUUUUGCACUGAUGUCCUCACCGAGUGUCACGCAGAAAUACAGAAGAUGAAGGACACCCGCAUACUAAAAUCGAGGGUAUCCUUCUACAACCUUGUGAUGCGACACGCGUGCUGGAUCGUUCCGUAUCUUACAGACGAAAUUGUCCGUUAUGAUUUAUACCAUGAUAGUGUGACGGACUUCCCGUAUUACGCCCAUCUCAUAGAUCCCAAAAUGAGGAGGGUCCAAGAGAGGAAGGUACUUGAAGCUAAGUGUCUCGAAUGCUUCAUUCUCCUGACCCGACAGUUGCCUCCUCUGCCGGAAACGUGCCUGGAUAUGGUAUUGCUCUGUUUGAGUGACACAGACAUGCAAAAUUUCAUUGCUGCAAUGAAGUCUUAA